AUGUCUACCUCUCGCCGAUCGCGCAUGCUUCCGAGCGCAGCCACAGGAGUCAAACGGAAACAACCACAUCCGUCUCCCGGCGUGUCCACCCGCCGCUCCAGCUCUCGCUCGGCAACUGGAUCGAACUCCAUGUCCACAGCCCUUGUGCCGAGCACAGACAAUGUUUCUGAUACCGCGUUUCUCGAAAAAGCCAGCGCGCUUCCUGUUGCCGACUCUGCCUUUACAACCGCCGCAGACAUCCUGUCCCGCGCAUACUCUGCCACAGGCGAUGGCUUUGUUGUUGAACCCGUUUCUUUUGCCGAGUAUAGGUCUGUUGCUGACGAACGCGACCGGCGCGGCAGCAAGGCACGUCUGUUUUACCUCCACGAUGCCCGCUUGCUGAUUGUGACGGUGCCAACGAUUCAUCACGAGAUGCUGCACGGCCAAUUAUACUUCAUCUUCACCGGAAUGCUUUGGGAAGCAGGCUUGGGCGAUGAUUGGGUCGGGACCCACGCGACGACCUUCAGGUCUGCUCUGGGAAAUACGUCGACUGGUGAGGGUGACUCUGGGGGCCGGCCCAAGUCAGCACGACGCAGUAAUACUGAGUGGCCCGUGUUGGUUAUGCAGGUUGGGUGGACACAAAGCCUCGCCAGUCUGCGCUGCAAAAAGGACUUCUGGUUUCGCCAGUCCGACCACCAGGUCAAAAUCGUCAUCCUAGUGAAAGCCUUCCCACUUGGUGGCAGCGGAGACGGAGGUAGUAAGAAGAGAAUUUUGAUCGAAAACUGGCAGGGACAAAGCCGGCUGCAACGGCCCGGCGCCACGGGGACCAGAGCCCAUGCGGCCGCUACUCGUGACAGUGUCUGUCUCCAGAUAAUUAAUAUUGUCUGGGCUGGGCCUAUGCCGUACGACGAAGCAUCUAUGUCAGUGCGCCAAGAUCCGAACAACUUCAACGUGACUCGCGGGCCGUUGAAGUUGGACUUUUCAAAGCUUUUCUUGCGUCAGCCGAUACCCCAUACAAACGAGAAGGACAUUAUCAUAAGUGAUAGUGAGCUGCAGCACUACGCGACCGUUAUGUGGCUGCCCUAG